AUGGAGGUCAAUUCUCCCAGCUUCGCGUCGCCGCUCGCUAGCGUUCGAGCCAACAACUUGCCCAUUCCCUCCCAAUUCGAGGGUGUCGUUGAUGCCAUCAGCAAUGCGAGCCCGUGGACUAUCGCCUUUACAAUUCUCGCGGUUCUUGUCGCUUAUGAUCAAAUCAUUUACCUCAUAAACAAAGGCAACAUUGUGGGCCCAGCUUUCAAGAUACCCUUUAUCGGACCAUUCUUGGAAUCUGUCAACCCCAAAUUUGAGGAAUAUUAUGCCAAAUGGAAAAGCGGCCCGCUCAGUUGCGUGUCCGUCUUUCACAAAUUCGUCGUGAUUGCCUCAACCCGUGAUUUGGCUAGGAAAGUGUUCAACUCCCCGACCUACGUGAAGCCCUGCGUCGUGGAUGUCGCUCAUAAGCUCCUGGGGAAGGAGAACUUUGUCUUUAUGGAUGGAAAACCACAUGUGGAUUUCCGGAAGGGCCUCAACGGCCUUUUCACAAGGAAGGCACUGCAGUCUUACCUUCCUGGUCAGGAGGGUGUCUAUAAUCAGUACUUCGAGCGCUUCCUUGGUAUCACGCAAAAAGCCGGCGGCAAGCCAGUACCCUUUAUGCCCGAGUUUCGCGAAUUGAUGUGCGCCGUAUCGCUCCGCACAUUCUGCGGCUAUUAUAUUUCGGACGAAGCUGUGAAGAAAAUCUCUGAUGACUAUUAUCUGAUCACAGAAGCAAUGGAGCUGGUCAACUUUCCUCUUAUUCUGCCUUUCACAAAGGCAUGGUACGGUAAGAAGGCGAGUGAUAUGGUCAUGGCCGAAUUUUGCCAGGCCAGUGCGAAGAGCAAGGUCAGUAUGGCAGCUGGCAAAGAACCAACUUGCAUUAUGGACGCGUGGGUCAAAAAUAUCCUGGCCUCAAAGCAAUGGGUUGAAGCAGAAGCCAAGGGAAUGCCAAUGGAGGGCAUGGAAAAACCAUCUCCUCUGCUACGUGACUUCGCCGAUUGGGAGAUCGCUCAGACAGUGCUCGCAUUUUUGUUCGCUUCCCAGGAUGCUACCAGCAGCGCAGCCACCUGGCUCUUUCAGACGAUGGCACAGCGCCCCGACGUGCUCGAUCGAGUGCGUGAGGAAAAUUAUCAGGUCCGUAACGGUAACGUCUAUGCUGAGGUUAACCUGGACCAACUGGAGUCCAUGACCUAUACCCGUGCAGUCGUCAGGGAGCUUCUGCGGUACCGACCUCCCGUGAUCAUGGUGCCUUAUAUGGCGAAGAAGCCGUUCCCAAUCACUGACUCCUACACUGUUCCUAAAGGAGCGAUGGUUAUCCCCACCACGUACCUCGCCCUCCGGGACGAGGAGGUAUACGAGAACCCUGACGAAUUCGAUCCUGAGCGUUAUUAUACCGGGGAUGCUGAGGAGAAGGGAAAGAAUAACUAUCUCGUGUUUGGAACCGGUCCACAUGUGUGCAUUGGACAGCACUAUGCGCAGCUCAAUCUGGUACUGCUUAUCGGCAAAGCCUCGUUGCUGCUGGACUGGAAGCACCAUGCGACCCCGCUAUCAGAGGAGAUCAAGGUCUUCGCAACCAUCUUUCCCAAGGAUGACUGCCCGUUGACAUUCAAUAAGAGAAAAUGGUAGGGUAAAGUGGUGGGACAAUGGAAAGGGAGGAGGGGCGGUUGCUUACUGCCGUUUGACUCGUUUGUACAGAACUCACAAUACUUCUAUACAUACUUUGAGUGUCAGCUUAAUAUUUCGACUGUCUAAUUCAAGACAUUCUGUCUUUCCCGAUUUUUAUUCUACUGUUCACAGACAAUGAAGACGUUGUUGGAUUUGUCCCAUUUGCCCAUAUCAUUGGCUCCUAGACCGUGCCCAAGAAUUGGUACCGUAACACUUUUAAUCAACUACUGCGGGUUUAAACCCCAGACACGUUCAUGAUAUUUUCAGAUCUUCGUUAUAUGGUCCUUUUAUUGAAUUUCAAU